AUGAAGUAUGCGCAAUUGGUUAUGGGACCAGCUGGAAGUGGAAAGUCGACAUACUGCUCCGUCAUCUAUAAUCAUUGUUUGAGCAUUGGACGGCAGGUACAUGUGGUUAAUCUAGAUCCAGCCGCCGAGUCAUUCAAUUAUCCAGCCACUGCAGACGUUCGAGCACUCAUUAGCGUUGAUGAUGUUAUGGAAGAUGAGGAACUUGCCCUUGGGCCAAAUGGAGCACUCGUGUUUUGCAUGGAGUAUCUUGUGCAAAAUAUGGAAUGGCUUCACGAUGAACUUUGUGAAGGCGAAGAUGAUUAUUUUGUAUUUGAUUGCCCUGGCCAAAUAGAGCUUUAUAGUCAUCUUCCGAUUAUGCGGCAAUUAGUAGAUGCAUUCAGGGCAUGGGACUUCAAUGUUUGCUCUGUAUUUCUUAUUGACACACAUUUUGUGCUGGAGGCUGAAAAGUUUAUUGCUGGUGCGUUAACGGCUCUGUCAGCAAUGAUAGCUAUUGAAACUCCAUGUGUGAAUGUGCUCACAAAAAUGGAUCUAUUAUCGGAAAGAAAUAAAGCUUUGGUAGAAGAUUUCCUUGAAAUGGAUACGAGAAGUAUUGUGGAACAGGAUGCAACACAUGUGUGGAAUGAGCGACAUCGUCAGUUAACGAAAACUAUUGCGCAGGUGCUCGAAGACUAUUCCAUGGUAAAGUUUGUUCCGCUCAACUGCGAUGAAGAAGAAAGCGUUGAACAAUUACUACUCGUUAUUGACACUACUAUCCAAUAUGGUGAGGAUCUCGAAGUAAGGGACAGAUAUCCGGAAGAGCAAGAUCCAGAAGAAUGACCGACCCGAUUUUACUGAUUUUUUUGCACUUGGGACCCUGUGCUUUACGAUCUCACCUCAUUAUUCUUUACUUUCAGUGAUUUUGUUAUUUCGUUGUUAAAUCAUUGUUAUUUGUUGAAUUGCAAAUAUCUAUAAAGAUUGUACAGCCAUUUUGG